AUGAAAUUUUCGAAUCCCAUUGAGGCGGCAAUAAUUUCCUGGUUCAUCCUCGUAGAUCAGGAUACACCUUCUAUAACGGUCCAGUUCGAGACUUUGGGCGUCCACCACGAUCUCAUAGAUCACGCACCCAAGAGAUGGACUGUCUACGAACCCAUGGUAUUGCUACCAGCCGGCUCAUUCACGAACGCCAAUUGGACAAGUCUGAUUAGCAGUCUGACUGAAGAUCAACUCGACAAGCUCUGGCAAUCCAUUCUCAACGAAAUCUCGAAGAAAUCGGGGUGCUCCAAGACCACGCCGCUUACUCAUCUUGCAGUGAAUGAGGGCAUCUCUUUGCACGCUGCCCAAGAUGACCACGAUGAUGCGCCUGAAGAGAACAUCCUGCGCAGUCCGGGCGGACUACGCAUGUUACACGGCGACUUCGGACCGUCCGGGCUAUCCUCCCCAGAUCAAAUUGUGACGGGUCAAGAUUUCGAAAAUGCGUUCUGGGUGUCCACGAGGCAGAAUGGCAUAUAUCAAACAUGGGCUCCUCGGUGGACUAUGUUCAGCCGCGGCAACAUCAAGGAGAAGGCACGGUUGCUGUCUUUCCAUGACGCGGCAUCUUCGGACAGCCAGAAUGCCUUGCCGCACAGAGUAUUGCCCGCUGGAGACGUCAAGGAGAAGUGGGCGAUAGAUAUGUAUGCCGGCAUUGGGUAUUUCGUCUUUUGCUAUGCUAAGAUGGGAUUGCGGGUCCUCUGUUGGGAGCUCAACCCAUGGAGUGUGGAAGGAUUGCGGCGUGGCGCAGAUGUGAAUGGGUGGAGCGUCAAGGUCGUACAGGGUGCGGAGCUGGAGGGUCCCAUGGAGAAAGUGAUGGAAGGGGGCGAGAGAAUCGUGGUAUUCUUGGAGAACAACCGGAAAGCUCAGGGACGGAUUCGGGAUAUCCGGAGGCUCCGGGGGGAGGGACAACUAGCUGUUGACUUGGAGGUUCGGCAUGUCAACUGUGGACUUCUGCCAACGAGCAAGGAUAGUUGGGCCGAUGUCUGGGACAUUGUGCGCGAGGGAGAUGGCCAGGAGGCUUGGCUGCAUCUGCACGAGAACGUGGGGGUUGCGGAUAUCGAAACCCGAAAGGCGGAGAUUCAGCAGCUGUUUGACGGUUUGGAUCCGGAGCACCAAUCCGGAAAAGCCGUCGUGGCGCAUGUGGAGCUCGUCAAGACGUUUGCGCCAGGUGUUUGGCAUUGUGUGUUUGAUGUCUACAUUACGAGAUCUAGCGGCGCGGCAUGA